UGUUUAAAAGUAUUGUACUUUUGUCAUAGUCAAGUAGGGAAUUCCACGUCCAAGCUGGCUGAAGUGAAAAGCAGUUUUGCCCAAAUGUUGUCAAUGGAAAUGUAACAUAACAGUCCCCUCUAGUGGAGGCUCUGGUUAACCUUGAACCGUCACUAUACAGUGUAACAAACUGUUCGCCAGCUUGAAUACUCCUACACAGGAAACCAGCAUUUGCUAUCAACAGAACAUUUUCAGAUGCCAAAAAUAUGCUAUGUAGCUAUAUUCCAAUAAUGAUGAGAGUAAGGUUUUUGUAUUUUCAUUGUCAGCUUAUGCUACUAUUCUGUAUGUUUCCAUACAUUACCACCUGAUUGGCUCAUUUUGUAACACACAACCAGAAUCUACGUUCAGCAACAACAGGAACAGGGAGUGAGAGAAGCAACUGAGACAGACAGUCUGGAACAACCUACCUUACUUGGAAACAAAAAAUGACGUUGUUCUUGAAAGCAUUCUUUACAGCUUUUUCCCAGCACUCUACUUAAGGUGUGUAUGUGUCACUCAGGAUGUUAGGAUGGAGUGGGGCCCAGCUCUGCCAGACAGCCUGGUGUUGGAGAUCUUCCUGCGUCUGCCCCACGAUGCUGUGCUGAGAGCCGGUCUGACCUGCAGACAAUGGCUUGCUGUCUCCAGAGAUGAGUUCCUGUGGCGCGAGCUGUUCUACAGCUACUACCGCAUACCACGCUGCGUCCCCCGACACCCAGCGGCUGUGUCGUGGUACAGGGAGUUCAAACGUCUGUUCGACUGUAUCCCAUGUGUGGAGGUGCAGACUCUGAGAGAGCACAGCGACCAGGUCCUCCACCUGGCUUUCUCUCAUAGGGGCCACAGGUUCUCCUCCUGCUCCAAAGACUGCACUGUUAAGCUGUGGGACACUGAGCGCCCAGAUGGUAAUAUCUCGCUGGUGCACAGCUCCAGCAUGCGGCAGUUUAACUGGGGCUACACCCAGUUCUCCCAGUUCAACGCUGACGACAGCCUGCUGCUUGUGUCUGGCGUCUACCUGGGCCCGCACUCGUCUUCUGGGGAAAUCGCUGUUUUUAGUCUGGAAAAUUACACGCUGUUGUCACGGGUUAGAAACAAGCCAUAUGAUGUGUUUGGCUGCUGGCUGAAUGAGACCCAUCUGAUCUCUGGGAACCUACACUGGAUCGGCAACAUGACGUCCUGCUCUGUGCUUUGGCUCAAUAAAGCCUUCCAGGAUAUUGAAUCGGAGAACGUCAACGUGGUCAAGCGCCUUUUCAAGAUCCAGAACAUUAACGCCAGCACCAUUCGCACAGUGAUGGUGGCCCACUGUCGUCGCCACGACAACCCGGACUUGCUGCUGGACUACGAGGCGCAGUCUCAGACUCGGAGGCAGAAAGGACAGCAGCAGCACCACCACCAGCCUCUCCUCUUUGACCUGGGAACCUCCGGCAGUGAAGAGGAGGAGGAGGAAGAGGAGGAGGAGGACGAGGAGUGUCAGAGGGAAGCCAAGAGUCGCAGCCUAACGUCUGCCCGCCUCCCUCAACCCACCAUCUCAGGCCUGGAACACGUUUUACAGAGUUGUAAAAAUGUGGGUCAGACGGAGCUGGAGAUUGAGACCCAGGUGGCUCAGAUGAUGGGCAGAGCCCACACAAAGGCCCCUGACUCCGGCCUCAUAGAGCCUUCUGAGCCCAACGAGGGAGAGGACAAAACUUAUUUACUCUUCACCACCGGCAGCCUUACAUACUCUCCUCACCAGAUAGGCAUUAAGCGAAUCAAGCCCGACCAAAUGACCACUUCUGGUCCUGUACUUGGGGAAGAGCGGAGUUCGGAUGAGUUUUUCGAUUCCCUGGACCAUGUUAUUGACAUCCACGGCCACAUCAUCGGUAUGGGCCUUUCACCAGACCACAGAUACCUGUAUGUGAAUAGUCGAGCUUGGCCGGCCGGAUGCGUGAUCUCCGACCCCAUGUCUCCGCCUCCGAUUGCCGAGGAGAUAGAUCUGCACGUCAUCGACCUGAAGAGUUUGAGAGAGGAGAGAAGAAGUCUACGUGCUCACCGAGCCUUCACGCCUAACGAUGAGUGCUUCUUCAUCUUCCUCGAUGUCAGCAGAGACUUUGUUGCCAGCGGGGCAGAAGACAAGCACGGCUACAUCUGGGACCGUCACUACAACAUCUGCCUGGCGCGACUGGCCCACGACGACGUGGUGAACUCGGUGGCGUUCAGCCCCGCCGACCAGGAGCUGCUGCUGUCGGCCAGCGACGACUCCACCAUCAAGGUGUGGCGUUCGCCGCGCAUGGUCCGCCUCGCGCAGGCCCCCGCCCGGCCGCUGAGGCCCCGCAGCCUCCUGCCGUCCUGGCUGAGCCGCAACAAGAACUCCUCGUCUGCCGGCAGCGUCAAUGGAAAACCAUGAGUCAGGUUGGGAAACACUCAGAGCGGGAGGGAGCGGGGUGAGGAAAGUUUGAUCUGUUUUCCUCUGUGGUAUGAAUAUAUAUACACUCCAUGUAUAUGUACAGUGUGGUUACAGUCAGUGGUUUUUGCUUGACUCACGGUGUUGUGACCUAAAGCAGCGAUCGGGUGUCUUCAGCCGUCAAGGAGACUCAGGUUCAGACAGAAGAGAGCGCUGUUGCACCAACAAAGAAGAGAAAAAUCACGCAGACUCUGUGCUGCUGCUGCUGCCGCUGCCGACAGAGAGAGAUAUGCAAUGUUACCACAGAUAGAGCUAGUGUAGAGCCGACUCCUAAAUGCACAAGACACAUGUCCAAAACUGUUCCCCGAGAGAUGGUUGUUGUCUGUUUGUUAUCCGUGACGUUGCGUCUGGACGGGUCGGACGCAGGACUCCUGGACCUGACGUGUAAAUGUGUGUAAAUGUUCUGCAGAGGCGGCAUCUUGUGAUGUCGGUUGUCGUGUCCUCCUCAUCAGGGGCAAAGUGCAGUAACUGAGAAUCCUUUAAAAAGUGUUUUUUCUUAUUCAUGGAUAUAUCCAAUUGAUGUCUUGAGUAUAAACCUUUAAAUGAACCCUGAUUUUUCAAGAAUUAUCAAACAGUUUAAAACCAAAAGAGGGGGGGAAGAAAAAAAAAAAAACAUUGAGCUGCAUUUAAUGUAGCCUGCCUUGGUUUUAAUGUGUCCCCUUUGUUUUUGUGCCCCCCACAUGUAGAAUUAUCGAUUUAAUAUAGUUGAUUUGUUGAGGAGCAGUUAGCGUGACGCAUGACUGUGAACAGAACCUGUUGUUUGUGUAGCUAAUUGUUAUUGGACCUAUAUGAUGUAGAAAAAUGUAUUUAAACCCUUUUCCUUCAUUAGCAGCACAACGGUGCUCCCUUCAGUUUUGUCCAAUCAUUCUCUGACUCAUGAGGAACAAAUGGAGGUCAGUUAGACUUUAUGAAAAUUGAAAAACACAUUUUAUUUUUUUCCCCUAGAAUUGACAGAAGGGUUGUUUUCUUUGCGAGCAGAACUUUCCUACAAUCCCAACAUAGUUCACUGUUUCAGUUCACUGUUACUGAACUAGUCCUCCAAAUUUCCAGUUUAUCACCUCACCACCGCUUUGAGUCUGUUUGUUCUGGGAUGUCUUGUUUUCUAUUAAAUAAUGUGCACAUUGGACACACUGCUCCACAAGCAAUGUUACACCACUUAUUUGUACACUUUAAAUCCCCAAAUUGGUGUUGAAGGCAUUAUUUUAAUACGGCACAGAUUUGAUUAUUUAAUUCACACACUUUUGUUUUUUUUUAAUAUUGGUAGGCUGUAAUGCUAAUAAACACAUUUAGUAAAUUGGCAGUUUGAUUUCAAAGAACACAUUGUACACCAUUGUUUCAAAUAGAACACUAAGUACAAGUUGAGUAACAAAAAAAACUCACACACGUCACCCUGUCCUUUAAUUUAUCUGUAAUGUAUGAAUGAUGCACAUCUUCCAAGUUCCCCAGGAUGUCCUGGCGAAUAUUGCUGAAAUGUGAUCAGUUUAAAAGAACAACAGACAAGAUUCAAACUCGUACAGACUUUUCAAAUUAUGUUGAGAUGUUUGCAUUUACAUUCACAUCAUGCUUUCUUUUUUUUCUUUUUAAUUCUAAUGAACUGGUCUCAAACAGAGAGCUUGUUUUUCUUUUUCAGUUGCGGUUUAACCUUCAUGAGGGUCAGGUACUUUACCUGGUACAUAUUUGCAUUUCCACGCAAAGUGGAGGUGGUGACUGAUUAUAAAACCUUUUAUUUCUCAUUGUGUGUCGUCUCAUCACUUGUCAAGUUUUAGAGAAAACCCGAGACUUCAUCGGCAGAUCUUUCACCGACUGAUCGGUAUUUUCCACGUUUUGAAAUGUGUGUGUCAAGUCACGAACUUUCUCCUAAGCUCCCUUCGACAAACUGUCACGAUGUUGUUUUGAAUUAAGCUCCAUCUUUAUGAUCACCUUUCCUGUUCUCUGUUGUUAUUUUUAUUCUCCCCCUUAAAUAAUAAAAAAAAGCAUGCCCCUGCAAGGCCUGAAGUCUGAA